AUGCGUGGCGAUCGCAGCAACGCGGAUGCCUACGAGCAACUGGGGGAGCACCGGGACACGGACCGGUGCUGCCGGGACCAUGACCACUGCCAGCACGUCAUCCACCCCUUCACUGCCCGCUACGGGUACCGCAACCUGCGCUGGCACACCAUCAGCCACUGCGACUGCGACCUCAGGUUGAAGGAAUGUCUGCGGCGGGUGAACGACACGGCCUCGCGGGUGGUGGGCCAGGCCUUCUUCAACGUCAUCCAGGUGCCCUGCUUCGAGUUUGCCUACAAGGAGGAAUGUGUGGAGCCCUACCUCUACGUCUGGUGCAAGGCAUACAACACAGUGGCCAUCGCGGUGCCCAGGGAGCCAGUGCUGUAUGAGUUUGGGGGGGAGCUGAUCGACCGGGCUGCGAGGCCCGAGGGGGUCCCCCUAAGCCCCCCGUGGAGCAGUGCAGGUGGAGGACCCAACCUAGGGGAGCAUCAUGCACCCGCCCGCCCGCUGUCCCACCCCAAAGCAGCCAAGAAAGAGAGGAAGGGGAAGAAGAAAGACAAGAAAAAGGAGAAAGGUCUGAAAAAGAAAGGCCCUUCUGUAAAGGGGGACCUGAGCCACCUCGCAGCCGUUGCUCCUGCUCACCCCACUGUGGGGCAGGACCCACAGGCCCCACUGCUGGGCUUGGGGGAAGCGGCCAACACCAUCCUGAGUGAUGCUCCGGUGUGGGAGGGCUUGGACAGGGACCCAGUGCUGGCCCCCCCAUCCCUGGUCCCCACUGCCAGCGGGAAGAGAAGGAGGAAGGAAAGAAACAGAAAGAAGAGGCUGAAAAACAAAGCUGAGGCCAAGCCUGCAUGAGAGCUGCAGCCCUGACCUCCCCCUCGCCCCGUGCGGGUCUUGGCUGUGUAAUAAAGCUGGUUG